AGUCAUAUAGUACAACUCAGGCAGCGCUCAGUCAGUCCUGUGUGAACGCUGCUGCUGCUGCUGCUGCAUGGCGAGCCUCAAGGGCAAAACCUGCGCUGGCAAAAGACUGCCCCAUCGGAUUUAACGGAUUCAGAACGCUCCUUAUCGCGCCUUUUGUUUUGGGAUUAUAUAUUAGCUGUGAGUGAACAAGACAAACUGUGUCCUGGCUGCAGACCUUGGAUUGUAAGAGUGUUUUUCCUGACGCUCACUUUUUCCACCUCCGAGAGAACAGAGCAGGUGUUUCUCUAUCUCUCCCCGUGUGGGACGUUUGGCCUCGAUGACCUCGCUUUGUUUGGUCUAACUCAACCAAGCAGCACUCUUACCAAAUCAUCCUAAACACAGACUCCGAGUCCAGCGAAGGGACCGCAGUUUUGGCACCAUCAAGGGAUGGUGGAUAACUCCCCGUUUAGCGAGGGGACUUUUCUUCUCCUUCCUUACGGUGGCUCUCCUCAGGCCUACUCGCUGUCAGACAUGGUGACAGACCUCGACUCCUACCAGGUGAUGCCAUCGCCUUUUUCAGAGGACGACCUGAGCGAGUCGUCCAGCCCUCGCUCCUGUUCCAGCCCGGACUCUCAGGUGCUCAGCUCCAGCUAUGAGAGCAACUCUAGUACGGAGAGCCAGGACAGCAUCCUGGAUCACCUGCUGUCUCAAGCCUCUUUAGGAGGAGCCAACAAUGGGCCUGGAGGGUGCGGCCCACCUCUACCGUUAUCCUCUUUCCUUUCCGACACGCGGAGGGACGAGCUUCCCAAACGCGAGCCCGUAAAGGUGGAACAUUUCGACUUCCUCACCUGGUCCAACGUGGAGACGGAGGAGCAACUUCGAGGGUCUUUCCAGCCGACGCUGGAGGAGAUCGAAGAGUUCUUGGAGGAGAAUAUGGAGGUGGUGACAAUGAAGCAGGAGGCCAGAGAAAGCUGCCCAGGGUUGGGAGCGGGAUUGGAGGAAGCUUUAGGUCUGGGAGUGGGCCUCGAGUGGGUCGGGGAGGCUUCUCCUGAGCCUAAACUGGAGGACGAGGCCAAGUAUUCAGACCAAACUGUCCCAGACACCGCUGCCUCCUCCGAGACCAAAACUGAACCACUUAACCCCGUGAAUGAAUCAAGCACAGGAGCCGAGAAGGCGUCAGGAAACAAAUCUUCAGACAGUAGCGGGGUGCCGGUUGUCCUGCAGAUCCAGCCUCUUCAGAUCAAGCAGGAGCCCACAGUGGCACCUCUGACUCCAGCAGCCCCGCCGCCCCCCACACCUGCCCCGGCCUCGGACAUCAAAGUGGCGCAGCUGCUGGUCAACAUCCAAGGUCAGACCUUUGCCCUGGUGCCCCACAUCCUACCAUCCCCCAACCUCAACAUCUCCAAGUUUGUGCGCAUUGCUCCCGUCCCGAUCGCGGCCAAACCUCUGGGGCUUGGAGACGGCUCAGUUGGCCAGGGAGGCAUUCUUCUUGGAGGUCAAAAGUUCCCGAAGAACCCAGUGGCGGAUCUUAUAAAAAUGCACAAAUGUAACUUUCCCGGCUGCACUAAGAUGUACACCAAGAGCAGCCACCUGAAGGCCCACCUGAGGAGGCACACGGGGGAGAAGCCUUUCGCCUGCAACUGGCAGGGCUGUGGAUGGAGGUUUUCCAGGUCGGAUGAACUCUCUCGACACCGGCGGUCCCACUCAGGUGUCAAGCCCUACCAGUGUCUGGUGUGCGAGAAGAAGUUCGCCCGCAGCGACCACCUAUCAAAACACAUCAAGGUCCACCGCUUUCCACGGAGCAGCCGGACAGUUCGCUCAGCAAACUGACACCGCGCUGCUCGCAUCGCUGGGAUCACCAGGGCCGCUGAGAACUCUCUCACACAGACUAAAGACAACAAAGUGUGAGGAGAGCGUACGAGUGUGUGUGCGCAAAGGGAGUUGAGGCACACCUGACUUUUUUUUGUUUCAGCAGUCUUUCGAUUGUUCUAAUUUAUUGUACAAAAGUAAACCAACACAGUAACCAUCCUGUAAUCAGUGUCAGGUUGUUGUCGGUGCUUUGGUACUGCUAUCUGUUCUGUCUUUAUCGCCUUCGUCAGCAGAAGAUAAGACCAGCUUCUUUUCAUUCGGUCUGGAUUAUGCCAUAGCUUUGGUUAGAGCCUUGCAUUUCCAUUCUACCUGGAUCAAAACAACUGCCUUUUAUCUUCCUGAAAGCUGCCAACGUCUUGGACAUUCCUCAUGUGAUGCAAUGUGGAGGACGCCAGAGAGAAGGUCACUGGGAUCCUUAUUAGCUGCUACAGAGUCGUAGGUACUCUUCCUGGGGUCCACAGAGGUUUCUCCCGGGAGGCUCCUCUGAUUGCUUUGUCCUUGUUUAUGCUGCACGGUUCAUAGACAGUAACAGUCAAAGUUAAUGAUCGCACUUGGUGUGGAUGCACAGGGAGAGACCUGUUUUUUAAAUGUGGUCAUGGACUACUGAUUGCAUAACAAAUUAAGGGGAAUGUUAUGAUAAGAUACCAGGACUCUUCUCAUCAUUUAAAGCCUCGUUUUAAGGGCCUGUGUCUAUUGACAGCGUUUUUUUUUUUUGUGCUGGCAGCGACAUUCUAAAUUUCCUAAUUUGCAUUUCAGCGUUUUUCAGCACUCACCGUCCUGAGCACAAAGAUUCCCCCUCGUCGUCAGCUAUUUGUUGCUGUGGCUGCACUCAGAGCGCUCUCUGUUGAAAAUAAUUCAACUUAAGGAACAUCGCCUACGCUUGUCAAUGUCAAUCAAUUCUCCCUCAUCGACCAAUCAAAAUAAAUAAUGGGCGGGACUUCUGAUAUCAGCUUUUAAAAAACAACAGUGAUGGUGGAUGAACUUGUCUGACUUUUCGAGGGUAACAUUUCCAGGUGUGAAGCUGCUCUUUGCACAAGGAGACAAUUCAUUUUCAUUAUCUUCAUGUUUUGUUGGUGAUGUUUCCUUGAAUAAAGGAAAUAUUAAGCACAGAGAGAGCUACAUAAAACAGACCUAACAGUCACUAUCAAGGGAAGCAGAAGUCAGCUUUUGUAACCGAGCAACAGAAACUGAGGUUUUGGGCGCUUCCGGCGCAAAAUAAAUAAGCCAUUAGUGAACACAGACCCUAAACCUGCUGACUCGAGGAGGGGGAUGACAAGGCAACGUAAGAAAUGCAAAAAUGAAAGCCAGCUGAAAGGUUAAGCGCACAGUGAUUGUUGAAUCAGCCUUCUGAUCAGUGUUAAUUGAACUUUGUUCAUUGUAUUAUUAAGGGAAGUCAUGUGUACCUACCCGCUCUUCUACUUCUCUGACUUUUCUGGCCUUACUGUACCACAAAAUCCUCACUGGAGAGCCGAAUGGUUCGAUGAAAUCGGGCUCUUCAGUGAUCGACCUUUUCAUGAGGUUUUUAAAUGACUGUUCAAAAGGUGUCAUGGGACAGCAGUCAGUGCAUAGCCAUAGAACUGAAUGUCUCAGUCUGCUUUUAUUAUCAGAACUUCUUUCUUUUUUUUUGCUGACAACUUGACACAAAAUCUGCCUCAACACUGCGUCACGUGACUGACUGACUGGAACAGCUUUGUGAGACACGCUGCAGUCUGGCAGUUAAAGUGGACACUCUACACACCGUGGUGCUGAACUACCAGGAGGAUGAUCUUCUGAGAAAUGUUGUCACAACACCCCUUCGAGGCCUACGGCACACUUUGUAAUAACCCUCACUGCAAGUGUACCGCGCCCCGCUGUGAAUAUGUAGGGGUGUGACCAUGCCGUCCAUGCGUACUUCAUUUGUGUAAAGUGACAACAAGCAGGGGUACACAACAUUGUACAUCAUUCCUUUUUAUUCAAUUUUUGAAUUUGUAAUGCUUGUGUGAACACAGGUGUUUUAUCGCAUCCUAUGAAUGUAUGUAAAUAUGCAGGAGUGUGCAUCGCUGCAUCCAGGAGUCCCACACAGAGACGACCCUGAGACCAUAUCUUAAAAACAAAUCAGUGCUUGUGAAGAUUUUUAGUGUAAACCCUAAAUAUGUACAUAGCAUUUCAGUACAUAUGAAUAUAUUAUAUAUUUUUUUCUUUGUUCUAUCCAAGAUGCAUUUACAAAUAAAACUGAAAAGUA